CUCUGUCACUUGUCAGCAGUAUUAUCGACAUAAAAGUAUUUUAGUGCAAAAAUUGUUGAAUUCGUCGCGGAGAAAAUUUUGCUUACGUGCGUUUGCUGGCAAUCACCAUCAUAAUUUACCAACAGUGCAAUGUCUGGUCACCAGUACGUUCCGAAUCCGUCGAAUUUGUUCGCGGACGAAGACGAUAUCGAAGACGAGCUAUUUCUACGUAACGCACGGCGACCUGGCAGUAGUACCAGUCCUCCCACAACGGAUCAAGCUUAUAAUUACGAUCAGUAUCAGAAAAAUUUCUUAUCGCAAAACUAUGACACCGACGAUGGAGACAAAUACGGCCCAUCAGCAUUAAUCGCUGGAAAAUCAGUAGUUGGAGGCAAUGCGGGGACAGCUUUCACUCGACCUGAUGUCCUUGGACCGGAACCUUACAAUGAACCCGGAGGCUAUGGUGGUUAUGGAGGCCAGAUUGCCAGCGGAUAUGGGGUGGAUCCGUACGUAGCAGCAGCAUCAGCGGCUACUUCACCUUACAAUAGUUCAAAAGUGUAUCGGUCAGGUCCUAGUUCUAACGUUUACAGUGAGCUGGAUUCAGAUGUAGACGACGAAAUAGUUAGGCAGCGACAAACUUUCGAACAAAGGCGGAGAGAGCUGGAGGAAAGUACGCUGGCUACUUCUCAACGUUGCUUGGGUGUGUUAAAGGAAACCGAACAGGUUGGAAUUGCCACUGCAGAAGAAUUGCAUCGUCAGCGAGAGCAGCUGGAAAAGACUAAGAAGCAACUGGAUGAAAUAAAUAACUCACUUAGAUUCAGUCAGAAACAUCUCAAUAGUCUAAAAAGCGUUUUCGGAGGGCUCAAGAAUUAUCUUUCUGGAAGGAUGGGUCCAGAUCAACAGCAAAACAGUUCAACUGGAAUACCUCGAACAAACAUAUCGCCGUCACCUUCCGAGGAAAUCUAUCCAAAUCCGCAAGAUUUCAGAAUUCCCGAUAACUACUGGCCAGAUGCUGCCACUCGAAUCAGACCUGAUUAUCAUCAUCAAUCGCAAGAUAUGGUCCUCACAAAUGGAUCAACCAGCGCUGCAGGGGGCUUUAGUCAUCAGUUGGACCAGAACCUAGACGAUAUGCGAGGAAAUUUGUCUCGUCUUAAACAUCUUGCCCUGGAUUUGAAUCAGGAAAUCGAUAGCCAGAAUGAUCUUAUUGACGACAUCUCUAAUCGUGUAGACGACGUCGACGUUAAAAUUGGUAAGCAAAACAAAGAGAUGAAUCGGUUGCUACGAAAGUGAACUUGUCCACAAACAAUAAUACAACGAUGAUUCAUGAUAUUUCUCCACAAACAAGAUUAAAAGUCCGUGUUAUUGUCUUUGUACAAAAGGGCUGAAAGAAAUAAGAGAAACGGUAUAUGAUAAAACAAAGCUCUAGCUAACGUCACUUUAUUUGUAUAAACAAUUUUAGAACCUAAGAUUUGUAUUUUUUGUAUAUUCUUAUUUUCUUGUCUUAAAAUAGUAUUUUAUUCAUAAUCAAGUCUAAUUACAAACCUACCAAUCAGACUUGUUCUGGUGCUUCUGCAUACAAUUGUAUCUUACGGUAAUGUUGAUAUCAUAAUUAAGAACAGAUUUUACAUGCAGGAGGGGCAUACAAUUUUUUAAAAGUAAUAGAUCAAUGAAGAUGCGGUGAGUUCCAUUAGUGACCAUUGGUGUUUUUUUUUAACCAGCAACCCAUACACAGUUAAGCAAUUGGUAAAGCUUUACAGUGUACAGAUUUUUAAAGCUUUUUCCGUAAUUUUCCGUUUCUUUCUUUCCAAAAAAUAAAUUAACAUCGUUUCCGGGAUUAAAAUGACUAAUAAUUCAAUGGUUUUAUGUAUGGUCAAAAUAUAACUUAAGUAUUUCCCUGAAGAAGUUCGUCCUUAUCCUUAUAGAUUUCGUUAUAAAUACUGUUAGACCUUAUUUGUUAGAGCUUUUGGUUUUUAAAUUUUACAUGUUCUGUUUUGUAAAGCGAUAAAAUUCUUAUUCUAUGUUGAAUGCCUUAUAAGAAUUUAUGGUCACUAUAGGUAGUUAUUUGACAUAAUUCUAUCUCCAAAAAAUCUUCUACCUCUCAGGGAAAUCGUAAAUAAGAGAGAACUCUCAUAUUGCCUAUUCUAUAUUAUUCACAAUGCAUUAUAUUAAUAAUACCGUAGCGUACGUCAAGUAUUGUACACAAACAAAGCAUGGUUUAAUAGUAAAAUUUUAGUUCUUGCUCUUGGGGACCAUGCAUAAAUGACGUAGCUUUUAUGUGGGGAGGUGGUUAUCUGCAGAUGUUGUGACCGGCGAUGUAUCAAGGAAGGUACUUACUCUACGGAAGGUCUAGAAUUGAUCAAAAAUUGACAUCAGUUAAGUAUGCUCCCUUUUGUAAGAGGAUAUUAUGAGAUUGAACAAUUCCUUAUGUUUUUUUUUUCAUGUUGAGUUGCAUAGAACUCUAUGUUUUAUUAUUAUGCUUUCAAGCAUUAUUUUUGGAUGUAUCAAUGUAGAUUCCCAAAAAUUUCCAAUUAAUACAGAACAUUUUACUGUCCCACCUAAACCACUUUAACUUAUCUUCAUUGGUCCAUUAUUUUUAAAGAGAAACUAUUAUUAUUUGGGUAGAAUAGUCAGAAUAAAUAAAUCGAAACACUCAAAUAUGAUUAGAAUCUAAUAUUCGUAAAUGUUUCUGAUCGUCUAGCGUCUCCUCAAUCUUUCACUUCAAAUCUAAACAAUGAUCUUGCAAACAGAAAAUAAAGACCGGAAAGGAUCGAAACAUUCCUCUCCCUAUUAUUGUAACUGUGUACAUUGUUCGCAUAUCUCUACAAAGCAAUGUGAAACCAACAAUUUGCAUCAACCACAUAGAUUGAUCACUUAAAUACAAUGGUUAUUGGUAAUGGAAAAGAUUUUUUUGUUUAUCUCCUUAUUGAGGAUACUAAGAAGCAACACUAAGAAACGAUCAAUAGAAAUCAACAAACUCACAUUAUAUAUUAUAUAUACUGAAUAAAACACUGUUGGGUAAUAUAGAUCAACAAUAAAUCGAGGUAUAAUAAAUUAAACUAAAAAA